CUAUGGAGGAAAAAAAGCGUCAGGUUCGUUUAGCGUCCUGCAUGAUUCGCGAAAAGGCACCUCUCGAUCAGCUGUUCAAUAUCUUUACACAUCAGUUAGGCAAAGCCAACACAACUUGCAUCCCUGGCGCCACCUCCAUUCUGAACAAAAUUGCUGAGCCGCAAGGAGCGGGCGCAAAUCGGCCAAAAACAUGUCUAGUCACAACCGACUCGCAGAUUUUGAGGAAACGGACACCUCAGAAUCUUUUGGCCGAGAACCGUGGGCAUAUAGUACAGAAUAUCGCCGAACAGGAUGUGAUCCACAGAAUCAGCAGCCAGCCGCACAAGUUGAAAAGAGACCGCGUAUAUUCAGGUCAGCAGAACGACGAGAGGAGCCAAUACCGUGAUGUGGUAGACACCGCUCGGGAGUUGAAUAUAUAUGCCCUGGACCAACGAGAGGCCGGACCACGCGGCAGGGAAAACAGAUUUAAAAAACAGCAUAGAUCGCAGAGCCCCAAUACAGAGAUUCCACACAAGCGCAUUCAGUAUCAUCUGUCAUCGAAACGGGGGAAUCCACCUCCACCGGUGGCCCAGGACUCAUCAGACGGUAGCGGAUAUAAUUCGCGAAUCGGCAAUCCUCAACUCGUUUACCGUUCAGGAUACCCCGCCAAUGUCGAAAACGAUCAUAGCUCACCGCCAGCUUUCGCAAGCCCACCUCACCAAAAUAGCAAUCUUCUGGGUUAUAGUAAUAUCCCAGCGGAGUUCGCACAUCCGUCUCAGUCAAAUGCGAGUCUACUAGCUCGGAGUGAGCAACACCAUCCUCCAAUGAAUCAAGGAGAGGCGUUACGCCCGCUGAGUGGAGCUUCAGCUUCUCGUCUGGUCCCUACAGAAAAAGGUGAGCGACAAAUAGUUCCACGAAUCCUGGGGUUGAUGAUGAGGCUGGAGUCUUGAGAUACGCUAAACGGGAUCCAAAGAUUCAGAGCUUGGCCCCGCA